UUUUACUUGAUCCUGUGUUGCCAGUUUCUCAUUCAAUCCACCCUCUCUCUCUUUCUGUGUGUGUGUGUGUGUGUGUGUGUGUGUGUGUGUGUGUGUGUGUGUGUGUGUCACUGUAUGUCGAUCAACCAGUCAUGGCAGUGACAUGUGGAAUUUUUCAUUACCGCGCCCCAGGGGCACCAUGCUGUCUGUGCCUGUGUAUCGUGCUUGCAUUUUUGCCCCCACUCCUGCCGUCUCAUUCUCUCUCUCUCUCUCUGGUAUUAUUCUGAGUCAGCCGGUGGCGAGCUGUGGUUUGUUGUUUGUUGUCCAGCCAGCUGUAUGGGGCAGUAGUACCUGUCAGUGACUGAUCUCCUCUCCAUGGCCUGCCGUCUCUCCGGCUCUGGCUCCUACACCGUGGUUAUCAUCCCCCUCAGGACCAGCCUCUACAGCCUGGACGCACUCCGCUUCUACCUAUGGGUGAGGAGGGAGGUAGUGUGUGUGUGUAUGUGUGAGGGGGUUGUAGAGGGCGAUAUGAGUGUGCAUGUCUGUUUUGAAAAAUUACCCUAAUCAGUUACAUCUCCUUCUGUCUUUGUUGCAUGUUUCUCCUGAGCUGGUGAUUCUUAUCAGCCACCCAGCGUACCCACAUGUGUUUUGCUUCCCAGUUUUCAGCACAACAUGGCUGUACUGUACAGGCCAUUUUUUGUUAAAAAGACCACACAUCCAAAGUGUGACUUUACUCAAAUCAGGUAUUUACUGCUUCUCGAGUCUGUGUCACCAAUUUGGCGCAUUUGGCUAAGGUGCAUUUAUGUGACCUUUUCUACUCUUCUGUAAUGUGGAAUGAAUGGUUAAUGUCUCUUUUGGGUUAUUAUGUAGAAGAAGGUGCACAAUUUUUUAAUAAAGUUUCUAUUGAAAUUUUAAGUGAUACCAAAGGAGGUUAAAUUUACACAUGUACAACAUAAACUGUAUUUAAAAACAUGUAUAUGUUUAUACAUUGAGAUCAUAGUUAAAGUUGUUGUUGUGCUGGACUGCAUAUUAUAUUAUACUGAUAGGUGUUUCUUAUUUUCUGUCCUUCCCCUUUACAUACAUUCUUGAGUGACUUUACAGCGUCUUUACAUAUGUUUACAUGUUUGCAAGUGUUUGGGAUCACCUUGAGACUACCAGCAAGUACAAGCAUCUUUGAGUAUUUGAAAAGCGCUCCGUAAAUAAAAUGUAUUAUUAUUGAAUUUAUUAUAUGUCAAAGUUCAUUGACAACAGAAUAGUCAUAGCCAUCAGAUAUUGUAAAAUACUGAGAUCAUUAUUCCAAGUGCCUGCGGUGCACCACUUAAAAGAUAUUUACCCGACAUCAAAAAGAGUUAAAGUCAUUAAUUUGAUUAUUAUAUUUUAUUGAUCCAGUCAAUCUGUUAUAUAGUAUUUUCUAUAAAUUUUGUUUCCCAACAUGGAGGUCUAAAUGCUGUUUUAUUCCUGUGCCAGGCAUAAAUUUCUGGUAGAGAAAUUCUGUAUUCUUCAAAUUUCUGGUAGAGAAAUUCUGUAUUCUUCAUUUAUUUAUUUUUGUUGCCUUUAAGUAAAUUAAUAUAUUGUAUUAGGCCUAAAAUGGCUGGAAUCAGCAUUUAAAAUACAUAGUAUGUGUAACUUUAAGACUCCACACAAAUCCCCACAUUCCCAAUAGAAAAAUAUUGAUGACUAAACUGAGCUUUACUGGUUAAAUUACAGCACUUACUGUGUAUUUUUGAGACAACUGAAUUAUUCAUGUAAAUACAACAGGAGUUUGCUUUUCAUACUGGACAUUUAACUUCAAUGCUUUUGCAACUGUUUUCACUCAGUUUUUCAUCUUUGCUCCAUGUCUGGGUGUUGUCUUGGAGGCAGCAUGGAUGCCGUCAUCCCAGUGACACAUUCCCACAUGUCAAGUCUGCCCCUCACAGCUUCCUGUUAAAGGCUCAAUAUAUCCAGUUUUCCACUAACUGUGGCUCUAUGGUUAUAAAUGGAGCUGCCGAGCGGCAACUGACCAAAAGGAAAUUGCAAUAGAUUUUAGAUUGUCGUGGUAGACAUACAGCUGUGAUGUUACACAAAACACAGUAAUAAAAAAAUAUCUUUUUUACAUUUGUUGAAAAUUUUAGUGAUCAAACGCAUCUAAAAUAAACCAUUCACUAUUGAAAAUUAUAGUAUGACUGAUUUCCUGACCUCAUGAUACCAAAGGUGGAUCAGCACCACCAUAUAUUAUGGUUCCCUGGUUGUUGUAGCACUGUUUGAGGCCAUUUAAAGUGCACGUAACCCAUCCAGUGUAGACAAUAGAACUAAAGGCACCCCGCUGCUCUUUAGGUGUAAACAAAGCCUUGGGGCCUCUGGAAGACAACAGGCAGCGCUGUGCCGAUCACAUUGCUUUACAUCAAGCUGCAGGCUACACUUUCGGUGGACAAGCUUGCUGGUCAGCUCCACUGGUAAACACACACAUAACCAUACAAAAAGAAGCUAUACAAGCUAUAAGAACAGCUAUAUCGUCAAACUCAACAUUUAGGAUUAUUUUGUAAGUAUUGGUUGGUACUUUGCUGCUUUAUUAGAUAGUAGAAAGUGGAAAUGUGACAGGACAUGACAUGUAGCAAAGGUCAUGGUGUCUCUGGCUGAACUUGACCCGGGGUGGGAUCCCGUGGUCAACAUUUAAGACCCCUCGGCUACUAGGAUGCUCCAACAUUUGCCGGUUUGUUGGUACAAGAUACAACUUAAAAUUAAGUGCUUCUGUCCUUUAAGGGAACCCGAUCAAGCCCUUUCCUUCCCAUCUCAGAUUAAGCGUCUGAAGGAUCUAGAGAAGGAGAAGGACGCUCUGUGCUCCGGUCUGGAGAUCCUGGAGAAGACUCGUCUGUGGUACCUCCAGCAGCUGGAGGAGAACAGAGCCAGGCAGGGUAACAUCGAGACCAAAAGUGGGGUCGGCUCCUGCAAGGAAGGUGCAGCAGAGGCUCGGUCUUGCCUCCUCAGGUGUCGUAUCCAACGGGUGAAUGGCUCUCUGGGCUCUGUGAUGAGUGAGCCCAAUGCCACAAGCAGCAGCAACCCUUCUCUGCUGGAUGCAGUGGCAGACAGUGACCUCCGGUGGCAAAACACAGUACUGACUCAGGAGGUGAGUGACAAGAAUCUUCAGAUCUCCAUGUUGGAGCUGGAAAAAGAUGCUCUCCUCGAACAGCUUGAUGAACUGCAGGCCCAUUGAUUGCAUUAAUACACAUGUGCACAUGCGUACAGGCAGGCACUUGAGCUGCACUGCAAACUUUCACACAGUUGCCAACUUUCAGCCACUUGUAAAUAUGUAUUUAAAUUAAUAAAUGACAGUUAAAGGAUG